GAGAAAGUUGGGAGGAAAUAGCCCGGGAGAAGUGACACUCGCGGAGCCCGGCGGAGCGCGGAGGAAAUAAAAGCGGCGGCGGGCAGGAAGUGUGAGGAGGAGGAGGAAGGGGAGAAGAAGGAGGAGGAGGACGAGGAAGAAGAAGAAACAGCAGCAGCAGCAGCAGCAGCAGCCGCUGCUGCCGCCGCCGCGGCAGAAGAGAAAGCAAAAGCCGCCCGGGGCUCGGUGCCGCCCGGCCCGGCGUCCGCGGGGCUGCUCGCCGCGGCCAUGGCCCGGGAGAACGGGGACGGUGGUGGCUCCUGGAAGAAGCAGGCGGAGGACAUCAAGAAGAUCUUCGAGUUCAAGGAGACGCUGGGGACGGGUGCAUUCUCUGAGGUUGUUUUGGCUGAAGAGAGAGCGAGUGGGAAACUCUUUGCAGUCAAGUGCAUUCCCAAGAAGGCACUGAAGGGAAAGGAAAGCAGCAUAGAGAAUGAAAUUGCAGUCCUGAGAAAGAUCAAGCAUGAAAAUAUAGUUGCCCUGGAAGACAUCUAUGAGAGUCCAAACCAUUUAUAUCUGGUCAUGCAAUUGGUGUCUGGGGGAGAGCUUUUUGAUCGCAUCGUCGAGAAAGGGUUCUACACUGAGAAAGAUGCCAGCACCCUGAUCCGGCAGGUCCUGGAUGCUGUCUACUACCUGCACCGAAUGGGCAUCGUACACAGGGACCUCAAGCCCGAGAAUCUGCUUUACUACAGCCAGGAUGAAGAGUCAAAAAUCAUGAUCAGUGACUUUGGAUUGUCAAAGAUGGAGGGUAAAGGAGAUGUGAUGUCCACAGCCUGUGGGACUCCUGGCUAUGUCGCUCCUGAAGUGCUGGCUCAGAAACCCUACAGCAAAGCCGUGGACUGCUGGUCCAUCGGAGUCAUCGCAUACAUCCUGCUCUGUGGGUAUCCCCCUUUCUAUGAUGAAAAUGACUCCAAACUCUUUGAGCAGAUCCUUAAGGCGGAGUAUGAGUUUGACUCUCCGUAUUGGGACGACAUCUCUGAGUCCGCUAAAGACUUCAUUCGGAAUUUGAUGGAGAAGGACCCUAAUAAAAGAUACACCUGUGAGCAAGCAGCGCGACACCCUUGGAUCGCUGGUGAUACAGCGCUCAACAAAAACAUCCACGAGUCGGUCAGUGCUCAGAUCCGGAAGAACUUUGCAAAGAGCAAAUGGAGACAAGCAUUUAAUGCCACGGCGGUGGUGCGGCACAUGAGACGGUUACACCUCGGCAGCAGCCUGGACAGUGCAAGCGCCAGCGUAUCCAGCACCCUCAGCCUUGCCACGCCGCUUCCUGAUGCAGCCACACGGAAAGAUUCUUUGAUUGUUGAUUUUUACCUCCAGAGUCACAGAGGCCAUCUCUGAUGCCAACACCAGUACUCUUGCUGGGAAAACAAACAAACAAAAACAAUAAAAUCCAGAAAACCUCCAGCUGGCCCCUUAGCCUGCAGAAGAAGUGGUGAGGACAGGCUGCCCGUGAACUCUGCGAGCUGAAAGUCAGUAUUGCCGUGGCAGGGGCUUCCGCUGCUGGUUUUGCAUGUGACUUCAUUCCCAGUGCAUCUUAACUUUCUGCUGGAUCACCCCUCUGCAGCACGAGAUGGAUAUCAGCCCUGCGGCACGGCUAUUGGGGAAGUGGGAGUAUGGGGGAAACCUGGCAGUGAUGCUUUCCUGAGACUGUGUUACUCUGCUGGUGAUGUCUCUCCUGUCCUGGUUGCUAUUGUACAGAUGCCAUUAGAGUAGUGGGUACAGAAAAAAAAAAAAAAAGAAGAAAAAAAAAAAAGAAAGAAAAAAAGGUAAAAAAAAAGUAGGACUUUACCUAUGCCUUGUGUGUCUGUUAUGGUUGUGGUGAUGAAAUAAAACCGAACAAUGGCAGAGGUUCGUUCCUGAUACGAAUCAAACCACAAAAAGGGGUGUCAGCCCGCUGGUAGACAACUGCAUGUAAUUCUGCAGGAGGCAUUAGACAGAGGUUUCUGCUGUGCAUGUGUCCUGCAUACCUCCAUGGCUAUUGACAGUAUUUUUUCUAUAAGCAGUUCUCCUUUUGGGCCUCUACAUAGCCCUGAGGGACUCUGGGGCUUGUCCAAAACAUUUCCCAGCCCUGGGAGCCAAAACAGCCCCUGAUCUCUAGCUUUUCUCCCCAAACCCUCUGCAAACCAAAACACGAACCUCAAGGGUGCCCUUGAAAUGCAGUGGCAGCUGGCUCCAAUGCUGCCCCUUCCUCAAGGGUCACCUUAUUUUUAGGAAAAUAAAACCCCAUGAAAAGCCAGACAGCUUUGGCGAGCAGGGAGAAUAUUGUCCUUUGAUGUGAACUUGGUGUUAACUACAUCAGGUAUAGGGGAACCCGUGCUGUUAUAGCCCCCUGUGAUAGCAGCUCGAGCCCUGAGCCACGCUGGGUGAACACUGCAUAAAAACACCAGACCGACUUUGCCAGCAAGAUCACGCAGACUGUGGCCUGUUGCUUUUGGUCUUUCCAAAUAGUCAGGGGAUUCAUCUACUGGCAAAAUAACAGCUUCUAGACUGAGCCCCGAGGUACAGAAGUAUCUUUCUUUCAGCGUAUGGAAAUUUUCAUUUAAUGGGAUCGCUUGUGUUCUUGCUGCCAUGUGUAUUUAUCUGUCUGAAUUGGGACCUGAACGCAUCCCAGAAAUUAUUCAUGGGAGGGGAGUUUUGCCUUCAUUAGCAUGCUUGUUUGCACCAGAAACUUGAUGCUAAAAGUUAUGCUCAUUCAAGAAAAAGCGGAAACACGGAGACUCUGGCAUCCAAGGAAAACAGCAUCAAAACCAAGCACGGAGGAUUAUCUGGCAAAUCAUGUCAGCAAUGGCUGGGCGAGGAAACGGCAACCUGCUCACAAACAUUGCACCAACAGAGAUUCCCCUGGUAAAUCUGUCAUUCCGUAUUUCUUGCCCAGCAGCAGGUUUUACACAAUCCCUUUCAUUUUUUCCUGCCUCCUUGCAGCUGGGUCCUGCCUUCCAUCCUGUCUGCUGGGGUGGUCUGAUCCCCAUGACACAUCUGUGUGCGCGUGUGUGCUGGCGCGUGUGUGUGCGUGUUGUGGCCCCAGGGAUCACAGAUCCCACAGGGGGGAGAUCAGACGUUGGUUCAGGUUUUUUGGCCCAGCUUUGCAUGGUUGGGUCAAAGCUGUGUAAAUAGUGUCUGUAAUGGGGGAUAAAGGCUCUUUAGCCCAGACUCUGGUGUUCAAGACUCCUUCCUCACCAUGAACCGUGCCACUGCUCUGUCCAGGUAGCUAUUUUUUUCCACCUCUUCAUAAACGAUAAGGUCAGAAAAGCACCUCUUACAUUUUUUCCAUACUCCAGAGUGGAAUCAGGGCAUGUACGCUCACAAGCGUUGUGAAAAAAACAAAAACCCACAAAAAAACCCCACUGCUGAACUAAUGAUGACAUCAAAUGUCCAAUAAAUGCAUGAUACUGCACUGCAUGUAUUAAACUGCUGUUCACUGUUUCUGUAUUUCCCAAGCCUUUUCUUUAUGCACAUUCAACCCGACCUUGUUGGAUUUACUUCUAUGUUUUGCUUUUAAAUGACUCAGCGUAUCUGUAACUCAAAAUCCAUUGUUAAGUUUAAGUAAAUGCAAAAGCUGAUGUUUUGUAAACAAGAUACUGCAAAGCCUGGUAAUGUAUUUUGUCUUUCUGUUGAGUGCUCUGCAGCAUGUACAGGAAGAGUCACCAUCCAGAGCAGCUUAAAACUAUGCAGCAGUCACGUACACACAGCUAGAAACAGGGAGUUGGGGAGGGGAGUAUCCCUUUUUGAAUGCAAUGCUUAAAAAUUUGAUCUGCAACAAAAAUUCCUUCGCUGGGUUGUUAAAGCUCAGGACUGCCAAGAAGCAUGUCAGUGUGUCUCUUUGUUUUUUCUUUUUUCUUUUGGUUUGUUUUAGUCAAAAUUUAGACUGGUUCACUCAGUUCUUAGUAUUUUUCUCUUCCUACAAGGUAUUUCUUUCUCACCUGUUGCAGAUUGAACUGCAUUUUGGGGACCAAGAUGCUGUGAUUCUUUUUGCCUGCACAAAAUAGGGCAGAGAGCUGAGCUGAUUAUCCCAUCCCUUCCAAAGCAUUACCACCUACAUAUUAGCAUUUAAUCCUUGAACCCCCACAUAGUACCACCAUUCAUCCAUGGAAGAGUUUGGUGUGGCACUUUUCCUUCUUCUACAUGGAAAUCAUGCCCUUGCCUUCGCUUCUCUUAAUCAUUGACCCUUUUUCAUUUGUGCAGGUCUUUCUAAGGCCACAUGGGACUUGUAGUAGCUCUGGCCCAAUCCUCUUGCAGGCCUCAGCAGGGCACUGGUCCCAGCUCCUGAGUGGUUACUGUGUUAGCGUGGAAGAUGCUUGAGUUCCUAAUACUCAAAGCAGAGCCAUCUGAAAGGGCUGGGAAAUUGCUCUGGUUUCCUGGCAAUGGCAUGCCAAGCAGUGGGGUUGGAGAGAAGGUACCACGCCAGUGGCAUAGGGAGCAAGUAUCAGUCCUUGGAAGGUAUGCAAGUGACUGCUCCACGGUGGCUGAAAGCACCAAGCAGUCUUGAGCCUGCCUUCAAGGCUGGUGCUCAGCCAGGAUGCUGUGCCAUUGCUGAAGCACUACAAGGCAGCAUAAAAAUCAUCAUUUAUAAUGGUUGUGAAUCAGUGCGAGUUCAGAUUGCUGAGGCAGCGUGUGGUGCAAUGCUCCAUGAGGAGGUGGACAUGCGCUGUGGUUCCUGGUGGGUGGGAGCUUCUUCGGGGGUGCUCAGAGCAACUCUGAGCUUUUUCCAUCUCUCAUCUGCAUCCCCUGAGCCCAGCAUGGCAUCACAUGAGCCAUCUUACUAGAUCAAGCUGUAGCAUGGCCCCAGAAUAAAAAGCGUGAAAGUUUGUAGCUCGGUGGCAGAUACAGUGUGACUCACGUCAACACAACAUAGGCGUCCUGUUGCACAUGGGCCUCUAGCUGAGAAACAGCAUUUUGGUCGGUUUGGGCCUUUUUUUAGAUAGAUACUUGAUUUCGGUCAGCAAACAAUGAGAAAAAAGCCUAGCCUGCCCAAAGCAGUGACUCCCCAAAUAUCCCUGACUGUAAAACAUCUCUCAGCUGACUUUUAAUGAAAAUGCAAGCAUGUUUUCUACAAAGGCUUAAAUCUUAAUCAAGGAAUGUCAGUGUGCCUAAUAUUGCAGGUCUUGUGAUUGAUACCAGUUCAUAACAGCAUCCAUGUCCAAAAAGAAGAGAGAAUGUGUAUUUACUCCAUGCAUGUAUUAAGGCAUUGCAAAAGUUUUAUCUGCAUAAUGAGUUUGCAAUACUGCAAAUUGUUAAUGGGGCUACGUCGCAAGUGGUUCUCUGCCUUGACAAUCAUGUAUACAUAUCAAGAUUUCUAUCAUAAUGACAAUUUAAAGGGAUGACUAAUUGUUUUCCUCCAAUAAAACCAAUUAAAUCAC